UCAAACAAUUGUGUCCGACGGACACUACUGUUGACGCCCCACAGCUGUGCCAACCUUUGCGUCUUCUUUGGCAGACAAAAGACUAAUGAAGUGAUUCUCAGUCAUAUCAUUACGUUUCUCAACGAUAAGAAUGACUUCCAAUUGCGCGCCUCAUUCUUCGACAACAUAAUAGUGAUCGCAUCAUAUCUGGGCUCUCAGUGCUCCACAAUUCUUCAGCCACUCCUUCAACAGGGAUUAUCCGACGCCGAAGAGACCAUUGUUUACAAGACCAUCACAUCUCUCGCGUCACUUAUAGAACAGGGAUUACUCAAAAAGAGCAUAAUCUAUGAGUUGGUCAGAGAAGCGUUCCCACUGUUGGCUCAUCCGAACCAAUGGAUUAAUAACGCGUUGAUUGCAUUGGUUCUAACCCUAUCAUCACGUCUUUCGUUGGCUGACAUCAACUGCAAAAUUAAGCCAUUAAUCGAUCCAAAUUUUCAGCGAAAUAUCCAUUCAUUCAAGAACGCAGAUCUGCUGAAGGAUUCAUUUCACCCAUCGAUUCCCAGAAGUAUUCACGAAUUGAUACUGAAUUCGAAGCUAAAUAUCGACAAAUUAUUUGAGUGUUUGGCGCAGAGGAAGGCGUUGCGAACGAUUCCACGCCAUCACCAGUCGGCCAUUGUCUUUGAAGACGCCCUUUACUUACGACUCACUCACGAGGGUAUGACCGAUACGAUUGAAGACCAAUUGGUGGCGCUCUCGGACUUAAUUAGAAAGAUUAGCAAAAAUAAGAAGAAUUUGGUGCCCAAGAAGUUGUCGGGAGGCAUAGCUAUCAGCAAACGAAACACUAAUCGCAGGUUCUUUAGCGUCACUCUUCGUAAUGCGGGUAAUGAGAGGCCGACCCAUAAGAAGCAGACCUCCACUAUGAACGAGGAAUGGCUUCACAUGUUUGGCUCAAACGCCAAAUUUGUCACUUCCAACGACGACGACGCCGAGAAUGUGAUACCUGUGGCACACGAGGCCCGCGAAUACGAUCAGUCGCACAUCCAGUGCCCGCCCUGUCAUCAGGCGGUCAACGAUCUGAUCCAACAUAAGAGAAGUCAUUCAAAUCCAUUGGCGACAAUCAAGUGGCCGAAAGUGACUCCAUUCAAGCCAAAGGGUGUAUUAGUGGCACAUCUUCACGAACACGAGUCCGCUGUUAAACAGGUGUUAAAAGUGUCGGAUUCCUCGCUAUUCGCCACCUGUUCCACAGACGGAACCGUCAAAGUGUGGGAUUCGGCCAAAAUCGAGGGCAAGAAUGUGGUGAACCGAUCGAGAUUCAACUUCAUCUCCCAAUCAUCACUUAAUCCACAAGCGAUGGGAGGAAUGACUUAUUGCAAGGACUGUAUUAUUGUCUUCACAGACACUAAUUUGGUUCACAUUCUGGAGAUUAUAUCGAGUUCUUUGAAAAUGAAAUUAGUGACCACUUUUCAGGUCUUCCCUGACAUCGAGGGCUCAAUCAUUACAGAUAUAACCUCUUUGAACGAAAACACAUUCGCUAUAUCUCUGUCCGACUCAUCAAUACUAGCGUAUGAUAUCAGGACUCUUAAGACGGACCAAACGAAACCCAUUUGGAAGAUGAAUAUAGAAGCGCACGAAAGACUCAUCACUUCCAUCGAUGGCAACGAUUAUGUACUCUUUUGCGGCACAACUCGUGGACUAUUGAUUACAUUUGACUUAAGAUUUUUAUUGCGUUCAAACACUUCUUCAUAUCCCACGCAAAAUAGGAUAAGAAAAAUCAGAUACACUGAAGACGGACUCUAUUCCUCAGCUCAAGGCAACUGUGAAGUAACUCUUUGGGAUUGCGAGUCUGGAUCCAGAGUUAGCACAUUGUGGGCCAGUACUGCACCACCUCUUUCGUUGACACAGGCAUCGCCGCAUUCAGUGUUGGGAAUGUUAGUGACAAACACUGGCAACGAGUCGUCGAUCAUAACGGGGGGAACCGAUCAGAGAAUACGUUACUGGGAUUUGGCUAAACCCGAGAGGAGUUACAUAAUCAGUGAUAACGCAAAAUCUAAUAACAGUGUAAACUACUCGUCAAAAUUCAUUGAAGGCAUUCAAGUGAUACAAGAGUGUCAGGAGGGCCUACAGGCCACACCUCAGGCCCACUCGUCAUGGGAUCAGCACGUGGUCAGCACUUCGCACAGGGACUGCAUCACAGACGUGGCGCGAGUCAAUCACUUACUCGUGUCCGCCAGUAGUGAUGGUGUAGUCAAAGUGUGGAAAUAGACGUCAAAAUUGAUUACACAUUGAAUACAUAUUUAGAAACAUAUAUUUAGAGCACAACAUUUAAUUGUAUAAUAAAUUCACAAUCAUUUCUAAAGCCCUCCCAAACAUAUAUACUUGACGUCGAGGAACUCGUCGACACCGAAGUGCGAGCCCUCGCGACCCAAACCGGACUCUUUGACGCCACCGAAGGGCGCCUCACACGUGGAGAUGAGUCCCUCAUUGACGCCAACCAUUCCUACUUUGAGCCGUUUGGCGACUCUCCAUAUCUGUGACAAGUCAUUGGAAUAGAAAUAGGCGGCCAGUCCUACACGAGUCCCAUUCGCCAGUGACAACACUUCAUCCUCACUCGAGAAUCUAUUUAUUUAAUUAUUGAAUCCAAAUAUCGAUUAAAUUAAUUAAAUUAGUUUUUAUUAUAAUAUACUAUUGUUAUAAAACCGUUAAAUUAUAUUAACUUUUGUUGUAUUGAAAUAUUAUAUACUUAUAGUAAAGAGAGAUUAAAAAAACAAAAAA